CGCCUCUUCCAAACCCUUCUGUCCCCUUUUCGAUUCCUUCGAUUCCUCACCUUCCAGACCUGAAUCGUGGGGGUCUUCGAUCGAUCGAGGCGUCUGUAGUGGGAGAGGGGCAUCGCCGUCGACAUCGUCACUAGGAUGGGGCGCGAGGGCAGCGGCGGAGGCGGCGCCGGCGGCGCGGUGACGGAAGGAGUCUUGAGGAAGAUACUGCUCUCGUACGCCUACGUCGCCGUCUGGAUCUUCCUCAGCUUCACCGUGAUCGUCUACAACAAAUACAUCUUGGAUCCGAAGAUGUACGGCUGGCCCUUUCCCAUCUCCCUCACCAUGAUCCACAUGGCCUUCUGCUCCACCCUCGCCUUCCUCCUCGUCCGCGUGUUCCGCCUCGUGGAUCUGCCGUCGGCCCCUCCCAUGACCCGCGAGCUCUACCUCUCCUCCGUCGUCCCGAUUGGCGCCCUCUUUUCGGUCUCGCUGUGGUUCUCCAACUCCGCCUACAUCUACCUCUCCGUUUCCUUCAUCCAGAUGCUCAAGGCCCUCAUGCCGGUCGCUGUCUACUCCAUUGGAAUACUCUUCAAAAAAGAGAUUUUUAAGAGCUCCUCCAUGCUCAACAUGCUCUCCAUCUCCUUCGGCGUUGCGAUCGCCGCGUACGGCGAGGCACGCUUCGACGGCACCGGCGUUGCCCUCCAGCUCGGCGCCGUGGCGUUCGAGGCUACCCGCCUCGUCCUCAUCCAGAUCCUGCUCACCUCCAAGGGUAUCUCUCUCAACCCCAUUACCUCUCUCUACUAUGUCGCCCCUUGCUGCUUCGCUUUCCUCCUGGUCCCGUGGUCUGUCGUCGAGCUUCCUGUCCUCCGCGCCCGUUCCACCGCCUCUCUCCGUCCGGAUCUGCUCGUCUUCGGCACCAACUCCUUUUGCGCCUUCGCUCUAAACCUCGCCGUCUUCCUGCUCGUCGGCAAGACCUCCGCACUUACCAUGAACGUUGCCGGCGUAGUCAAGGACUGGCUCCUUAUCGCCUUCUCCUGGUCCGUGAUCCGGGACACUGUCACCCUAAUCAACCUCUUUGGGUACGUCAUUGCCUUCCUCGGGGUCGCCUACUACAACCACGUCAAGUUGCAGGCUCUCAAAGCCAAGGAGGCGCAGAAGAAGGCUGCACAAGCCGACGAGGAGGCCGGGAAGCUUCUUGAGCAAGUUGAUGGUCCCGGAGACAACCGGAAGGGUGAAACCCAGGAUUGAUCCAUGCUUCAACCUUACGCUCUGCCAGAAGUUUGAUCGGUUUGUCUUCAGUAUUUCAUAUGGAUCUCUUCAUUCAAUAGCGAAUUCAUCUCUAUUAAAACACUCUGCUACGCCCAUGGAGGAAGGUUAAGAUCAGAGAAAACAAGGAAAAAGAACAGUAAAAAUGCGACCUUUAUUGUCUUCUUACAUUGUUUAUCUCCUGUUUUUCUUGUUAUUACUCUUCGAAAAAUUGGUGGUUGAUCAUUUGGGGCAGUUCUUGAACUGAUUGUUAUAGAACACUCGUCUCAAUCUGGGGAAAACAAGUUAAAUGGCUAGGGAACGAUGGAUGUGUUAAACUCGAUUGGCUUGCAAGUUUCCAAGAUCUAUGUUUAUCUGAUUCUUGUUUUUGA